CCAUACGGUGCCCCGCCUACUGGCGCUAAUUAAUUUAUCUUCCUAAUGCCCUUCUCUGAUUGGACUGAAUCGCCAUUUGAUGUUUAAUAAUCGGAUUACCAGCCAAUCGUUGCCAUCAAUGCAUAAUCGGUCGUCUGCUUCAGUUUGACAGCUCGUGUAUGCUUCCUUAUUCUUUUCAACGAGUUCCCCUCCCCCGAGUUAGUUACGAACUACAACUACUUGAGCCGUCAUUGUUUGGCCUUACUACAGUGACGUCCCCCUGUCUGUGAAAGACUGUAGUUUCCUCUCGCCGUCGUUAGCCACCACCAAGUGGCCUGCAGUCUCAGUCAACCGACUGAUAAUCUUCGUGAAAAAUUUACGAUCGCCAAAUAUCCCGCUGUACCAUCUGGGGACUACCGGACAGAGUAGCGCACGCCUGCGGCACGGUAACAUGACUUCUGCCGUAAGAAGGGACCUCUUCCGUCCGAUCGAGCAGCUCUCGAUGGCUCACCCCCAGCCACCUGCCGCCAGCCCCUCCAAGCCCCUCACCUCCUUCCGUAUCGACGACAUCCUCGGCUCCAAGCCUCUUCCUCGGAAGAAAGAAGUUUCCUGCGAGCCCAAACCUGCCACGAGUGUUACGGUAAACGGGGCGAAGAAGAAACAUGUGGGGUCGGCUAGCCCAUCGGACUCGUCCUCCCUCCCGGUGUCUAUGAACUCUCCGUUGAGUGCCCUGGAGGAGCUGACCAACAAAACUUUCCAGGGACUGGAGUCCAGCGUCCUUCGGGCAGCAGAAGCGGCUACCUCGAAUCGUGACAACAUGGGCCUGUUCAGUAACAGACAGCCUCCCAAGAAGCGACGAAAAUCUCGCACCGCCUUCACCAACCACCAAAUCUACGAGCUGGAGAAGCGCUUCCUGUACCAAAAGUAUCUCUCGCCGGCCGACAGGGACCAGAUCGCCCAGAGCCUAGGUUUGACCAACGCACAGGUCAUCACAUGGUUUCAGAACAGGAGAGCCAAGCUCAAGAGGGACCUAGACGAACUGAAGGCGGACAUGACCGCCGCAAAGUUGCUGAAGAAGAAGGGAAUCCCCCCAGAUAUGGUACUAAGAGACGCCAAUGGCGACAUAAUAGUAAAUGGGAACCGACAGAACGUAGAAGGAGAGGAGGAAGAAGAAGAUGACGAGGACCAGGAAAUCGACCUCGAGGUAAUAGAUGACGAGGAGGAAGACUGCAGGAUGGAGGGAAUAGAAGAUGAAGAACACAAGCAGGAGAGAAACAAAGACAGUUCCGUGAACUCUAGUUCUAGUUCGGACUCACUUCACGAACAGGCCAAAGACACGUCAGAAACAGCGGCUGCUGCAGCCGAGAUCGCUUCACAAGGCAGCCCGUCCGGCCAGGAGGCAAGCUAAGUAGUGCUACCGUUGUCUGUUUUGUACAUAUGGACUCUAUCGUACGUGGUGACAAGAAAAAAGAACGGACGAUCGAUCUGAACAUCUGAGAUCAGCCUCUAGCUCUGUACAGUUUGUAUACAGGAAAGAAGAUAUAGCUAGUUGCCCCGUCACGAUCUGUCUUGAUCAUUAUUGUUGCAGACAUGGGGGAAAUGUCAGACGCUCGCUGCUUCUCUGGUCAUCUCUUACGAGGUGGUCUUGACCAUACUUCCCCCCUAACAUGUACACACCCCGGGACGCCCUCUCGAUUUAAACAACCAACGGCUUACCCAGGCCCGAUUUUCCACUUUUGGGGGCCUGUCUGUCGAUUUUCUGCUCCCUUUGAAAAUACCCUAGUCACCAUGUGGUUGACGUGUCGUUUGGUAGGGGAGGGGAACUCGGCUCAGACCUCCUGGUCUACAAUACUAAAGCUUAGGUUUUCAAUAUUGUUUCUAUUGUCUUCCAUUUGGCGGAUAAGUGGAUCAUAAUCAUGCAAAAUGCCGUUGCAUAAAAUUUCCCCUUCCUCCUGCCCCACGCUACAACCAUCGCAAGAGAUGAGCAGAGGAAAUGAUGAUCAGAACGUGUUGAAAUCCCCUAAUUAUUACCUUUGCUUAUGUUCCACGUUACCAGAUUACUGGGAUUUGUUCGGUGUUACAAAAGGAUUAGAAUUUUCCGCAUUUCUUACGCGUUCACCCCCUCGACUUAACGCACUAACUUGCCAUCUGUUCCAAACUGGGAUCACGCUGAGAUUUGGUCGCUUUUAAUUCAUUGCUACUUUUAGCUUUCCUAUGAUCUGCACUGCAGAUCCCGAUACCAACAGAAGAGAGAGUAUUAGCCCGGUGUGUGUAUUGUGUAGCCGUGUUUUCAUUACGGGCGUUUAUUUCUGUACACAUUGUCUAUUGGAUUAACAAACAGAGCUAGCCUUUAUUUUUGGAAAUCCGCUAAGCUGAUAUAGGACGUUUGUUCAGCCAAUUUAGGGGAGGAGGGGAACACGCUACGCUCGCCAACACCACAGGAUAUUUAUUUGUCUAAGACUUAGCAAAUCGUCUCCGUCUGACAGAGUAUUUGAACUAUUCAGGGACACAGCAGUAACUUGCAGACCUGCCUUCUGCGACAAAACGAGAAAUACCGUGUUCUACAUUACUGCACUGUAACAGUAUGUGUACUACAACUCGUGUUGGUGUCGAAUUAAAAUCUCUGUUGUUGAAUUUUGUAAACCA